AUGGCGUCGUCCAACCCGUUCCGCAGCAAGGGAUCGCAUCUCGUGAGCAGGUUCUCGACAGCCAGCCCAAUCGACACCGGUUCUCCCGCCAGCACGCCCUCCCCUCAACCACCUCACACGAGCUUUCGCACCUCCCCGGAAGCCUCGGGCUCAGCAGAGAAGAAGCCCAAGGUCGUCAAGAAAGUCCGCGUUCUCUCACCUCCGCCCAUAUCGCCCGACUCUCCCGAAUGGCCCUCCAACCCGGCGCCAGUCUACGCACCGAAUGCCGACGACCCAUUCGGCAAUGGCCUCUAUGAGCAGACCGAUCGCGAUACCCCGCCCCCACUACUGCAACAACCACAAUUUCCUCUGCAGCUGCAGGUGCAACCUCGUCAGAAUGCAGCUCCGCCUGCGAAUCCGUUCAGCAAGACGCUGCACGACAUGGAGAAUGUGAAGAAGGAAGGCCUGAAGGAGGAGCGCAGAGAGGAGGGUGCUGCUCUCAAGGCGGCGAGCAAGGCCAAGGCCUCCCUGGACGUGAGCUCAUUCCAACGCCUGCUCAUGACUGGAAAAGUCGACGGGGAUGGUGGGCUUGGCAUUAGCACGACGGCUGCACAGGCCGGAAGACCUUCUGCGCUAGAAAGGAGGAGCUCAGCGGCAAGCUCACAACAGACGCCAGAGGAUGAGGUAUCGGACUCGAGUGUCACAGUACAAAUCGGAUCUAGAAAGAAGGUACCGCCUCCACCACCAAGCUCUCGCCAUGGGAAAAGUAUCAGGCGUGGCUCUAAGGAACUCCAGGACGGAGUGGAUACGCCGGAAGCUCCAGACACUGGCAUCAACGCCCAAAACUCGACCCCGAAUGAACUUCCUGGGCCAGUAAAGCAUCAACCCGAUGCGGUGUUGGAAAAGGUUGUGGAUCAGGACCUUCACAGUGCCAAGAAACCCGCACCCGCACCACCACCUCGGAGAGGCCAUUCUCGGGGGGAAAGUAAAGUUACACCAUUAUCAUUGGGGGGGAUAUCGGCGAAAGGACUCCAGGAGGAUGAUUUGCAAUCUCGAUCAUCUCCCCACGCGUUCAAACAGUGUCCGCACUCAGAGCAGUUCGGCGGCACCUGCUCCACCACCACCAAGACGGCCACUCCGACCAAUUAG